ACCCUUCCCCAGAUCAGACCUUUCCCACCCUUCCCCAGAUCAAACCAGAGCUCCUAGGUAUCCUCCCCAAAUCCUAGACUGCAGGCAAGGCCUCUCACCACUCGGCACCUGCAGCGGGAGCUGAUUCACAACCAAGAGCCUUCCCUCUUCGGGACCAACACUUCCUCCUUCCCGAGAACUUGUAGCAUCCAAACCAAAGCCCAGAGAUGGAAGCAGACAAGGUCACAGAGGAGACUUAUGCCACCAUGGAUGCCGAGAAGCACCCCUCUUCAAAGGACCCCUCUGCUGAGGACUUAAAGGAGCCCCCUGUGUCUGAAAUCCCGUUGGAGCCUUCCGUCUCUGAAACCCCUUUAGAGACCCACACCUCUGAGUCCCCUUUAGAGCCUCCCAUCUCUGAGAACCGUUUAGAACACUCCAUCUCUGAGGCCCCUUUAGAGACCCACACCUCUGAGUCCCCUUUGGAGCCUCUCAUCUAUGAAACCCAUUUAGAACACUCCAUCUCUGAGGCCCCUUUAGAGACCCACACCUCUGAGUCCCCUUUGGAGCCUCCCAUCUCUCAGACCCGUUUAGAACACUCCAUCUCUCAGACCCCUUUAGAGACCCACACCUCUGAGUCCCCUUUGGAGCCUCCCAUCUCUCAGACCCGUUUAGAACACUCCUUUCCUCAGACCCCUUUAGAGACCCACACUUCUGAGUCCCCUUUGGAGCCUCCCAUCUCUGAGACCCGUUUAGAACACUCCUUUUCUCAGACGCCUUUAGAGACCCACACCUCUGAGUCCCCUUUGGAGUCUCCCAUCUCUGAGACCCAUUUAGAACACUCCAUCUCUCAGACCCCUUUAGAACCCCUUACAGCUGAAUCUCCUUUGGUACCCUCCAGUUCUGAGACCACUUUAAAGACUCAUGCCUCUGAGUCCCCUUUGGAGCCUUCCAUUUCUGAGACUCCUUUAGAACAUUCCAUCCAUGAGACCCCUUUGGAGGCCCCCAUUUCUGAGGCCCCUGUGGAGACUCAUAUCUCUAAGUCCCCAGAGAAAUACCUUACUUUUAGUUCCUCACCAGCAGAAGACAUCUCUGUGUCUUCCUCUGAUGACCUCUCCUCUGAGUCUUCCUACAACACACCCCUUCAAACAAGGAGAUUCACUCUGGAGGACUUUGAAUAUGACAUCCUUCAAAAGAACUCCCUUUCAGGCCUUUCGACCCAGGUUCUCACGGACACAUCUGCAAAUCAGAGGGAAGAGGCAGAAGAGGACGAGGAGGGGGCAAACGCCAGUGGCAGCACCGUUCACACAUCCCAACCUGGACAGCAGCUGGGCAAGAAGAAGGGGAAGAGAGCAGAUAGCCGUUACACGGUCCGCCCAGUGGCCCCUACUAAGCAGACAGAGCUGGUGGCAGUAGCUAAGACAAUGCACAGAGAGCAGUUUAGUCCUCGGGUGAAUCAUCUUUUCCAAUGGGAGAAGGAUGCAGCCCUAAAUGCCAUCCAGACAGGUCUCCACAUUGGCUGGCGCUGCCCCCAUUACCUGUGGGACUGUUUCCGUAUUGGGGAUGAAUCCAAGUGCUUUUGUGGACACUUGCUGAGGGAGCACCAGAUCAUCUCAGACAUAUCCGUACCCUGCUGUAUGGGCCAGUGUCGCUGCCUCAUGUUCUGCUUUAUCCCAUCACGCCCAGAGGAGGUGGGUGAGUUCUGGCUCAAGCGACGGGCCACCUUUGAUCCCCAGGCCUGGAGGGCCCAAUGCCGCUGCCAACAUAGACAUGAAGACCACAUAGCCACCGGGUCCCACCCCUGCAGGCACCAUGGCUGUUGCUGCAGCUGCUUUGAGUCUAAUUUCCUCUGUGUGGCCUGUGACCCACGCUGGGAGGAACACGAGACUUUCUUCGAGACCGAGGAGACACGGCGACGAGGAGGGAGGCCUUAUGGAGCAGACUAUGUGCCUUUUGCAGAGAUGUCUGCCCUCGGACAAGCCAUCCUCAGCAACUCUGACAUCAAGGCCCUAGAGAACCAAAGGCCCUCUGGCGGUCCCAGCUCCUUACCUGGGCCCCCUGGACUCCCUGGCCCAUACAGCCUCCAGCCUGGCCCCACAUCUGACCCCCAUAUCUGACCCUUUCACCUCUACUCUUCCCUCCUCCAGGGUCAUACACUGUCAACACCUGGCGCAAGC